AUGUCCAACGACCAGUCCCUUAUGGAGCGUGUUGAGGUUCCUGCUAUUCCUGAGGAAGUGCAGUCCAAGAUUGCCAACCUGCAGCAAGCAUUCAUUCGCGCCGAGGUUGAGCAAUUGCGCAACUCCGUCAAGCUUCUGAACCCGCUCUUCAAGAAGCGCGAGGAGAUCAUCAACAACCCUUCCAUCAAGGAUGACUUCUGGGUCCGCGUGUUCUCCGCUGCCCCUGCCGAGAUCGAUGAGUACAUUCUGCCCACUGACGCCAACAUUCUUGGUGCUGCCCUGAAGGGCCUGAACGUGGAGCGAUUUGAGGUCAACGAGAAGGGAGAGGGCGAGCCUCGCAGCUUGCGCUUCACCUUCACUUUCGCUGAUAAGAACGAUUACUUCGAGAACCAGCAGUUGGUCAAGGAGUUCUACUGGCGCAAGCACAUCACCCGCACCGCUAGUGGCAGGCGCCGUACCUGGGAGGGUCUGGUGUCCGACCCUGUCCGCAUCAACUGGAAGGAGGGCCAGGAUGUUACCAAGGGUUUGCUCGAUGCUGUCUGUGAUCUUUUUGAUGCCGAGAAGAAGGGCGGCGAGCGCACCGAGCUCCCUGAGUACAGGGCCCUUGUCGAGAAGCUGACCGAGCUGGAGAGUGAGGGCAUGAAUGAUGAGGAUGAUGACGAGGAUGAGGAGGAUGAAGGCUCCGCUGGGCCCAGCUUCUUCAACUGGUUCGGUUACCGUGGCCAUGAAGUCACUGCUGAGCAGUCCGAGGAGGCCAACAAGGAGGACGAGGAGCGCUGGGUCAAGAUCACCAAGGGUGAGAAGGUUGAGGAUGAGGACGAGGAGGACGAUGAUGAGGAUGACGAAGAUCUUAUUGACGAGCUCGAGGAUUGCGAGGCUUUCCCCAACGGCGAGGAGGUCGCCAUUGCCUUUGCCGAGGACCUCUGGACCGACGCCAUGAAGUACUACGUUCAAUCAUUCGAAAUGGGCGACGAGCUUGAUGACCUUGACAUGGAUGAACUUGAGGGCAUGAUGCAUCACGAACACGAACACGGUGAUGAUUGUGAUCACUCCCACCCCCGCAAGAAGGUUCGCAUUUAA